AUGAUUCUUAAUUAACUAAGACUCAAAGCGAAAAUUUUUGAACUAAAUACAUAAUAAUUAAAAACAUUCGCAUUUCCACCCUUAUUUAAAUAAACUGAUAUUCUGCUAAUGGGAAUAUGGAAUGACUUAAGAAAAUGCUUCUUAAGAAUAUCAGAUAGUAUUGAAGUCUAAGAUGCUGCUUAUUUGAACUUUAAUGUAGUCAUAGCUAUCACCAUCAGAAUAAUUUUUUCAGAUUUUGGGAUUCUACUAAAUAUUUUAUUGAGAAAUGAAUUAAAUAACUGGAAUAAAUUAAAAUUCCAUUUCUUUAAUUAAUUAUAAUAUGCUAAUUUGUUGUUGUUGUAAUCAGAAAGAGAAAAAUUCAUAGAAAUUAUCAAAUAAUAAUUUCCAGAGUUUUAGCUAAUAGCAAAAAGGAAGUUUAUGCUGGUUUUGACGAGGUCUAUUAGAAAACUAAAUUUUGAAAUACAUAAUGUAAGUUUAAUGAAAUUUAGUAUAUAUGCUAUAGAGAAUUUCUCUAAACAUAUAAUUGACAUUAAUAAAAGGUGUAUUAAUUAUAAUUUGAUAAUUAGGUCAGAAAUAAUUAGGAAUCUAGAUGUAUUCAAGCACAUCGAAUCGAAAGACGGUUAACGAAGAAUUAAAAGAAAGUGGGCUUAUGGAUAGAGGAAGGUAGAUGGAAUAUAACCUAUUCGGAAAGAUUGUUUAAUAAUAAUAUCGAGGGCUUCAUGAAAUAUGUGGGUAUUUUAAGAUGGAUUUAAAUUGGAAAAUAGUUAGAGUUUGA